AUGGGUAAUGCAAAUGUUUGUUGUUCACAACCUAUUGUCUAAAAUAAAAAUUAAUUGAUAGUAUUAGAAAAAUAAAUAAAUAAAAAUGAGGAUUGUGAUGUAGGAGAAUAAGAAGCUGAUGAUUUUGUUAGAAUUGGAUUAAGUAAUUCUAUUAAUAUGAUUUUUUUCAGAAACAAAUAAUGUUAAAGAACAUACUUUAUUCAAUUAACUAUUACCAAUUAAAAGAUUAGUUAGUGUUGAAGCACCAAAAUAAGGUUAGCGUUUAGACUCUUUUCCUGAAAUUUCAAAUUAGAUUGUUCGAACUGUCUUAAGUUAAUUACCAAUACUUUAAAUACCAAAUUUUAUUGAGAGAGGAGUAUAGAGUCCUCCAAUUAAAUUUGAUAAUGAUUUCAUUUACUAUGGAGAAUGGAAGGAUACUUAAAAACAUGGUUAUGGAAAACUAUUAUGGCCAGAUGGAAGUUAUUAUGAAGGAAGUUUUAUUAACAAUGAAGCUUCUGGAUAUGGUAGAUUAAUACAUUCAUUUGGUGAUUAUUAUGAAGGUUAUUGGUAAAAUGAUUAAGCUAAUGGUGAUGGUAAAUAUCAUAGAUACAAAAAUAAAGCUACUUAUGAAGGUAGUUGGAUGAGUGAUAAAUAAUAAGGUUAAGGCAAAGAAACUUGGUAGGAUGGUUCCUCUUAUGAAGGAGAAUAUUAUAAUGGUAAAAAGUAAGGAAAAGGUUUUUUUAAAUGGGGAAAUGGAAAUAUGUAUAUAGGAGAAUUUAAAAGUAAUAAAAUGGAUGGACAAGGAAUUUAUUAUUGGAAAAGUGGAAAGGUUUAUGAUGGACAAUGGAAAGAAAAUAGAAUGGAUGGAGAAGGAGUAAUAUUAUCCUUCUAUAUCUAAGACUUUUAAUUGGCCUGAUGGUCGUAAAUACAAGGGAGGUUAUAAAAAUGAUCUUAAAGAAGGAUAUGGUAUUUUUGAAUGGUCUGAUGGUAAAUAUUAUAAAGGAGAAUGGAAACAAGGUAAAUAACAUGGAAAAGGUAUACUAAAAAUGGAUUAAUCUAAAGAAAUUUAAUCUGAAUGGGUUAAUGGAAAAAUUAGUACUGAAAAACAAAUCGAUUUCUAAGGAGCCACCUCUUGA